AUGAUGUCAUUAACAGUAGCCGACUAUGAGAAUCAUUACUGGCCGAAAUUACAAGAUGCAAUCGACCAACUUCUUACAAUAAAACCUGGGUGUUAUAUUCCAAUUUCUUACGAACAAAUGUAUAGUUGUGUAUAUAAAUGUGUUUGUAAACAAUUCUCAGAACGAUUGUAUAAAGAUUUAUUACGCCACAUGGAACAACACGUUACCCAUUUAACAGAAGAACUCAAUAAUAGUGUAAACAAACGUGAAUUUGUAGAAAGGUUUGCGUUCACAAUGAAUCAAUAUCUUCAGGCCCUGGCUGGUAUUGUUCCUAUUUUUAAUUAUAUGAAUCGUUUUUAUGUAGAAAAUAAACUUAAAACUGACCUGAAUGAAGAAUUACGUAAAAUAUUCCGUAUCCAGGUUGUUGAUAAUCAAAUCUCACAUAUUUUAAAUCUAGUAGAUGAAACUAGCAGUCAACCUUUUGUAAUCUCACCACCAGUUAUGGCUCGAUUAAUACAGAAUCUUUAUUCUCUUAAUCCAGAAUAUGUAAAUUUGAAGCCUAAUUUAUUUUCACGUUAUAUUCCCAACGUUCUUCCUUCUACCUCAGCCAAUGAGUUAGAACGAUAUCAAGUUGAAGUGAAAGAUAUGCAGAAAGAUAUAUAUGGAACUCCUGGCUUUGAAAGGUAUUGA